GGCAGGCUCCGAGCUCCCGACAUGGCCCGGAACACGCUGUCUUCGCGCUUCCGUCGGGUGGACAUCGACGAGUUUGACGAGAACAAAUUCGUGGACGAGCAUGAGGAGGCGGCGGCAGCAGCAGGAGAGCCAGGCCCAGACCCUAGCGAGGUGGACGGGCUGCUGCGGCAAGGGGACAUGCUUCGGGCAUUCCAUGCAGCUUUGCGGAACUCUCCAGUCAACACCAAGAAUCAAGCUGUGAAGGAGCGAGCCCAGGGUGUGGUGCUGAAAGUGCUCACAAACUUUAAAAGCAGCGAAAUUGAGCAGGCUGUGCAGUCACUGGACAGAAAUGGCAUUGACUUGUUAAUGAAGUACAUUUAUAAAGGGUUUGAGAAGCCCACAGAAAAUAGCAGCGCAGUGUUACUCCAGUGGCACGAAAAGGCCUUAGCUGUAGGAGGACUAGGCUCCAUUAUAAGAGUUCUUACAGCAAGAAAGACUGUUUAAAAAAAAAAAGACUCAUGUUACGUUGAGAAGAAUUUUGGAUGCCCAGGCUGGUGAAGAAGGGAUUGACAAUGGACCAUCUUCCUAGGAACUCCCAACUAAGUAUUUCAGGACACAUAUCUGCUGAAAUCGGCUGAAAUGUAUUUUAUUUUUGAGGUGGAGGGAGAAAUCAUCUUACUGUUUCCUAAAUCCUUUGCAGGAUCCGAGAGUCUGCCUUUGUCUACAAAGCGAUGCAGAACUGACAUCGCUAUAGAGUGAUGCAGAACUGUCUACAGAGUGGCUGGCCAGUGUUGGUCAUUGUGUGUGCACUGCCUGUUUGUUUAAAAUGGGGGAGGGAUGAUUUGGGCAGGUGCAUAUCCAAGGGCCACGGUGAAAGGGAGAGCUUGUGUUUUUGAAGUGGAAAAACCUGAGAGUUUGUACAGACAUCCUGUCUUCCCAGAGAAGGCGGACUCUCUUGGGUUCAUUGUAAAGUGCCUGCUGCAUCAAUAAAGCUCUUGGCUUAUUAGUA